AUGUCAAUAUCAGCUCUUAAAUCUAUGCCUCGAAUCCGCAAAAAUGUAAUUCAUCAAGCAUCUCGUUUAUUCGCUAUUCAAUCCUGCCGUUAUACUACGCUGCGUCGAGCAAAUACAGCAACCAACACUGUGGACAAUGGAAACGUCAAGAACGACCACAUACGUUCCAUCUUUGACGACAAUGCUGCCUGGAAGCGAAACUCAAUGUAUAAGGCAUCUUCUACUGUACCCGUGGGCCUGUUUGAGAACCCUCAUUUCAGCAGUGUUCAUGGCAUCGAUUUUGCUACUAAGCAAGCCAUCCAAAGAGCUCAAAUCAUUGUCGAACGUAUCUGCAACGCACCCGGUAACGGAACUGAAGAAAUGGCUAAAAUUGUCAAAAACCUGGACAGGCUAUCAGAUACACUUUGCAGCGUCAUUGACAUGGCUGAAUUCGUCCGCAAUGCUCACCCUGAUCAAGUCGUCAUGGAAGCUGCCAACAAAGCUUACGGCGAUCUAUGCUCUUACAUGAACACACUCAACACAGAUGUCCGAAUCCAUCAGGUGCUAUCAUUGGUAUUAGCAGACAAAUCCAUUGUCUCCAAAUUCACGCCUGAUGAGCAUGCAGCAGCCAUCGUCUUUUUACGAGACUUUGAGAAAUCCGGCAUCCAUUUGCCAAACCAACAAAGAGCAGAAUUUGUGGAAUUAUCAGACCAGAUCAUUCACCUAGGGAGAGAGUUUAUCCAAAUGAACCCAAGAGCCAUCAAGCAAGUCAAAAUCAAGCAUUCAGCAUUGGGUGGUGUAAGUCCAAGUGUGAUCCGAUCUGUGGUCAGCAAAGACGGUUAUGCCUAUGUCCCCACCGAUUCAACCGAGUGCCAAAUGAUAUUAAAGUAUGCUCAGAACGAGAAUGUGCGCAGACAAGUAUACGAGUCGAUGAACUCGGCAACAAAAGAGAGCAUCAUGACACUAGAACAACUCAUGAUGACUCGCUCUGAUCUGGCUACUUUGGUUGGAAGAGAGUCUUAUGCUGAUUUGCAAUUGCAAGACAAGAUGGCCAAGAACCCAAAUAACGUGGACGCUUUCCUUCGCACUUUGCUCGGCCAUCAAGAGCCUACGUUCAAGAAUGAUGUUCAUUUGCUUCAGACGACAAAGCAGCAGGACCUGCGAUCGAGCUAUCUGCCUACCGUCAAUGCAUGGGAUAGAGACUACUAUAUGCAAAUGCACAGUGCUUCACAAUCCUCACCAAGUAACAUGCCUUACUUCUCAGUGGGAUCCGUGAUUCAGGGCCUGUCCAAGCUGUUCAAGCAUCUCUACGGCGUUGAAUUUGAACACGCUUCUCUCAAAGCAGGCGAAGCGUGGCAUGAACAAGUCCGUAAACUGGAUGUCAUUUGUGAGCAAGAAGGCAAAAUUGGCACCAUCUACUGCGAUUUGUUCUCUCGUCCUGGAAAAACCACUAAUGCAGCACACUAUACCAUCCGCACUUCUCGCCGUGUAGACAACGACGACGCUGAAAACGACAUCAAGUAUGCCUUCCCUGGCCGCCAUGUAGACGUAGCCAAUUUCUUACCACCUGUACACCAACCCGCUGAAUCUGUGCGGGGCCAAGAAGGCUUAUUCCAAUUACCCGUGAUUGCAUUGACCUGUGAUUUCUCUGCCAGUGCAAAGCCAGCGUUGCUCUCCAUGUUUGAAGUAGAGACAUUGUUCCAUGAAAUGGGUCAUGCCAUGCAUUCCAUGCUGGGACGCACAGACUUCCACAAUGUCGCUGGUACGCGAUGUGCCUCCGAUUUUGUAGAGCUUCCUUCCAUUCUGAUGGAGCACUUCGUAUGGCAUCCCAAGGUGCUUCCCCUGUUUACCAAUGGCAGUGUAUCCAGCGACGCGGUGCAGGCCUUUUUAAAGCAACGUAAAAGAUUCAGCGGCAUUGAAGUGAAUAGCCAAAUUCUGAUGGCCUUGGUGGAUCAGCGGUAUCAUUCAUCCGAGGUGGACAGGCCCACAUUCUCAAGUGUUGCUGAGUGGCACCGACUGCAAGAUCAAGUCGGCCUCUUUCCCAGCGUGCCUGGCACCAUGUGGCCAGUACAAUUUGGCCAUCUGUUUGGCUAUGGCUCAAACUACUAUUCCUAUUUGUUUGAUAGAACAUUAGCAAGACGUGUCUGGGAGACAAGCUUCAACGCCAACCCCUUGGACCGAGAGAAGGGUCAAGCAUUUAGAGACAAUUUGCUCAAAUGGGGCGGUGCUCGCGAUCCAUGGCAAUGCGUUGCUGACGUGCUUGGUGGUGAAGAUGGAUCCAAGGUUGUCAAUGGAGAUGAAGAAGCAAUGAGAACUGUGGGUGAUUGGGGGAUUGACGUGUAA